AUGUUUAGUUUAAUGAGUUUAUACACAGUCGAAAAGUCGAUGUUUCAAACUAGCACUACCAAGAGCCUGCUUAACGCUACAGAAGACUUAUUAAUAGACACGCCUGGGUGUAUAAUACAAAAUUAUUCAAAAACUCUGAAAUUUAAAGAAGCUUUAUAUGAAAAUAAAACUUGCGGUCACCGUGCCAUAUUCGUGAAUAGAAUAGAACAGGACGCAUUAAGCUUUAAUAUACAACAAAAAGCAAUGUAUCAGUACAGCAAAGGAAAAAGUUUUAGUUGUUGCUACAAAUUUGCUUCCAGAUCAACAGUGCCCGGUAAUGAGGAUACGAAAAUAACAUUCACGCCGUGCAAUAUUUUUCAAAAUGGCUCUAUAAUAAAGCUAGAACAGGAAAUCUUAUCCGUAUAUUGUAGCCUCAACGAAGGGAAAACAAAGCCCGUAAUUUAUGAAGAUGCCUAUUUUUUACUUAAGAAGUUAGACACGUCCUCUAAAGUAACUACAAGGGACGAAAAGUCAUGGAAUGUAUUGAUAAUUGGAAUGGAUACGAUGUCGAGAGCAAGAGUGUAUAGUACCAUGCCACACACUGUUGAAUAUUUUGAAAAACAUAAGUGGCUAGAUUUCCGAGGAUAUCAAAAGGUAGGUUUUAACACGUUUCCAAACAUAAUGUCUCUUUUAACUGGAAAGAAAAUGCCUACAAUUUACAAAGCUUGCGCAAAAGGUAUGAACGAGUGUAAUGAAUUGAUGAUGUGGAGUAAAUACAAGGAUGUAGGCUAUUUUACUGCUUAUGGUGAAGAAUAUCUGAGGCUACCUGAUACAUUUUCACGACAUAAGGGAUUUAAAAUUCCACCUACAAACCACUACGCACGCCCAUUUUUUCUAACGGGAGAGAAAAAAAGUGGAAACUAUAUAUGUACUGGUAAACAACCUUCAGCAAUACAUUUACUAGACUAUGCUUUAGAUUUUGCAAGAGCAUACAUAAAUGAAAACUUCUUUGGCAUGUUCUGGCUAAACUCAUUCAGUCACAAUACUGACAAUAUGCCGGCGCUUCUUGAUAAUGACAUGUUAAGCUUCUUAGAAAAACUCGAACACACGGGCGCAUUAAACAAUACUUUCAUUAUAUUCUUAAGUGACCAUGGUAUAAGAUACGGUGAAAUGAGAUUACCAAUAGAGUCUUAUUACGAAGAACGUUUACCGAUGUUAUUUAUGUGGGUUCCAUUAGCGUUUCAAGAAACUUAUUUCGAAGAAUAUCAUAAUACAAAGAUAAAUCAGUAUCGGUUAAUCACACCUUACGAUCUGCAUUCAACGAUGUGGCAUAUACUGAAGUUGUCAAAUGAUUCCAUUCAGGAGAUACCCUCAGAAGCAUGCCCGCAGUGUUCAAGCUUAUUUCUCGAAAAAACAAUAUAUAGGACAUGCUCUGAUGCUGGGGUCAGUGACAAAUGGUGCAGCUGUCACAACAUGGCCGAGGCAAACGAAAAGGAGAACAAUUCACAACAGAGCUUAAAACUAGCGGUGACAUUUAUUAAAAACAGAACCCAAAUAAUAGAAACGACGCGAUGCAUGGAAUGUGCAAAAUUGACAUUGAAAACAGUUUUAAGACAUCAUGUCUACUCAAACGGAACAAAAGAAGUUCACAUUAUAGCAUUUAUGAUGUCGCCAGGUGAUGUAGCAUUCGAGGCAAACAUAUUGACAGAUGAUAAUGAAAUAAAGAUAUUGGAACCUACAGAAACUAUAUCUGCUUAUAACACCAGAGGAAACUGUGUUGUAAAUCCAAAUGAUCGAUCAUAUUGUAAUGAUUACAACAUUCUCCUAUCUGAUUUUCUAGAAUGA